UAUUGGCGCACGGCAGUCUCGCGGCCCGAGUUGGCGGGCUUAGUCGCUCCUCGUGAAAAACGCGGGAAAAAUAUCUGUGCAGUGUAUUUUUUUAAAUUUUAGUAUUGUGGUCUGGGAAUCAAUUAAAAAUACAAAAUGCAUCCAAAAAGUAAAAGCACCGAAGAGGACUGCGAGAGCGAAGCCCUGAAGUCAGAGCCAGAUGGGGAAGAAUCAAAGGAGGGUGGAGCCCUGGAGGCCAAGAUGUCCCUGCUCAACGGGAUCACUGUCAUCGUGGGCUCCAUCAUUGGCAGUGGGAUAUUCGUGUCGCCAACUGGAGUGCUCAAAAACACUGGCUCUGUUAACGCCAGUUUGCUGGUGUGGAUUGCGUCGGGGGUUUUUAGUAUGGUAGGCGCCUACUGCUAUGCGGAACUGGGCACCAUGAUCCGACAGAGCGGUGCUGACUACGCAUACAUCAUGGAGACCUUCGGGCCCUUCGCCGCCUUCAUCCGGCUCUGGAUUGAGUGCAUGAUCGUGCGGCCUUGCUCUCAGGCCAUCGUAGCGCUGACAUUCAGCGUGUACGUGCUGAAGCCGAUAUUCCCAGAGUGCGACCCUCCGGAGGACGCCACCCGACUGCUGGCCGCUUGCUGUAUAUUAUUGCUGACAUUUGUCAAUUGCUGGUCGGUGCGCGCGGCGACGAGGGUUCAGGACUGGUUUACGUACGCCAAACUGCUGGCUCUCUUCGUCAUCAUCGCGGCGGGAAUCUACCAGCUGUGCAGAGGAAAGGUGGAACACUUUUCAUUUGAAGGCACGACCAGUGACGUCACGGCUAUAGCCCUCUCGUUCUACUCUGGACUCUUCGCUUACAACGGAUGGAAUUACCUGAACUUCAUCAUCGAAGAGCUGAAGGACCCGGUCCGAAACCUGCCCCGCGCUAUUGCCAUCUCAUGCACGCUCGUCACCGUGGUCUACACGUUUACCAACAUCGCUUUCUACACCACCCUGUCGCCUACUGAGGUACUUGGCUCGGCAGCGGUGGCUGUAACGUUCGCCGAGCGUCUGUUCGGCUGGUUCGCGCUCGUUAUCCCGCUGUUCGUGGCCGCUUCCACCUUCGGGGCUGUCAAUGGAGUGCUGCUUACUUCGUCGAGGUUGUUCUACGCGGGAGCGGCCCAAGGCCAGAUGCCAGAGAUGUUGACGAUGGUGACGCCGCGCUCGACGCCCGCGCCUGCUGUGUUAGCCGUGGCGCUGCUCUCGCUGCUGUAUCUGACCGUGUCUGACAUCUACGCGCUCAUCAAUUACGUGGGAUUCGCCACCUGGCUGAGUAUUGGCGCUUCCGUGCUGUGUCUUCCAGUGCUGAGGUACACGAAGCCGGACUGGGAGCGGCCCAUCAGGGUCAACCUGUUCUUCCCAGUCCUCUACAUAAUCUGCACGAUUCUCGUGGUGGCUGUGCCGGCGGUGGCGUCGCCAGCAGAGACCGGCAUCGGCUGCCUCAUGAUCCUGACCGCCGUGCCGAUAUACCUGCUGUUCCUGCACCCUAGGACGCGGCUUAGGGGGCUUGCUAGUAUUACCACUUGCGCCACACAUCUGAUUCAAAAACUAACAUUAGCCAUCCGACCAAAAAUGAAGUGAACGCAUUUCCUGUAAAGGAUCGUCUGAACAUAUCCGACCACGAACGCAUCUGGA